CCUGCACGGCGGCUGCCUGCCGCCGCCGGCGCUGCCGCUCCGUGGCGGCGCGGCGCGUUGCGCCCGCCUGCGCGCCUCCCUGGGGCGCCUGCGGUCGGCGCUGCAGGCCGCCCCAGAGGACGUGCGCCGCAGGUGGAUCCAGGGGCUGCAGCCGCGCGUGCGCGGCGCCCUCCUCCAGUUCAUGGAGGCAUGCCCCUCGCCGGCGCGGACCCCGUGCCCGCGCGGCGAGGAACUCGCCCAGGGCGGCGCGGCGUCCGCCGGGGCCGCUGCCGCGAGGGCGCCCCCGCGGAAGCCCGCCGCGGCGAAGGCGGUGGCCGGCCUGCAAAGAGGCCGGCGGGGCCUCUACCGCGCAAAGAUCUGCAUCGGGCAUUUGAGCAUCUACAGCUGCUACGCGCCGCUGGAGGACGCCUGCGAGCACCGUAGGGGCCUCGAGCGUCUCCGGCGCGCGGUCGAGAGGCGUCUAGGCGGCGCCUCCGUCGCGGGCCGGGACGUGGACCUGCGGCACGCCUUCGCCGCCUCCGUGCACGACCCGGACCAGGGGCACGCCGGUGGCGACGGCAUCCGCGCGCACGUCAGCUUGCACGUGUCGAAGUGGUUGGGCAGCACCCACGUCACUUCGCCAGUGCUCGAGGUGGACGAGGCCAUGGCGCUCCGCGACCGCCUGCUCGGCGCGAGGGAUACCGGCUGGGCGGCCUUCCGCGAGGUGUGGAUCGAGCUCCUCCAGCACGAGCGGCACCCCCCGCGGCUGCGGAGGUCCCGCGCCGAGGCCGAGGACUACGCAGACCGCACCUUCGCCCGGCGCGCGGCCGCCGCUCCGGGGGGCCGCGGCGCGGCGCCUGGCACCGCGAAGCGCCGGUCCUGCCACGCUUCGCUGCAGGCGCCAGCCGUGUGCCCACGUGCGAAGCUGUCGGCGAGGCAGGCGGACUUGCCCAGGCUGGAGAGGCGGUUCUUGCGCCACGCCAGCGGCGCGGGUCAGGCGCUGCUGGCGGGCGACCGCGGGACCGCCCCCCCCGCGGCGAGGCGCCCACGCUGGGCCGCCAUGGCGGCUGCGCUCGAGAGGGCCGGACAAAGACGCUGCUCCGCGCCCUGGCUCUUGACGGCUUGCCGCGCGCAGUGGUGAAGGGGCGCACCCGCCCUGCAACCGUCGCUCUGUCCUCUGCUCUCCCGGUCCGCGCGCAACGCUCUCGGAAAAGCGUGAGGGCACCAGUCGAGCAGUCACACGUUGCAUCAACAUCAUGUGUCGGAGGUCCACGCGGAUUUCCUAGGUCGGCGCUGGACCACGCUCGGCGCACUCCGCGCGACGGGGGAGGUGGGC